GGAAGAAGCAUGCAGGGCACCCCCGGUGGAGGGACAUGCCCUGGGCUUUCCCCUCUGGACAGGUGGACGCUCCUGGUCUUCAGCUUUAUGCUGGCAGCAGCUUUGGGCCAAAUGAAUUUCACAGGAGACCAGGUUCUUCGAGUCCUGGCCAAGGAUGAGAAGCAGCUCUCACUUCUCAGGGAUCUGGAGGGCCUGAAGCCCCAGAAGGUGGACUUCUGGCGUGCCCCAGCCAGGCCCAGCCUCCCCGUGGAUAUGAGAGUUCCUUUCUCUGAACUGAAAGACAUCAAAGCUUAUCUGGAGUCUCAUGGCCUGGCCUACAGCAUCAUGAUAAAGGACAUCCAGGUGCUGCUGGAUGAGGAGAGAGAGGCCAUGGCGAAGUCGCGCCGGCUGGAGCGCAGCACCAGCAGCUUCAGUUACUCCUCUUACCACACCCUGGAGGAGAUAUAUAGCUGGAUUGACAACUUUGUAACUGAGCAUUCAGACAUGGUCUCAAAAAUUCAGAUUGGCAGCAGCUUUGAAAAUCGGUCCAUUCUUGUCCUGAAGUUCAGCACUGGAGGUUCUCAGCGCCCAGCCAUCUGGAUUGACGCUGGAAUUCAUUCCCGGGAGUGGAUCACCCAUGCUACCGGCAUCUGGACUGCCAAGAAGAUUGUCAGUGAAUACGGUAAAGACCCGGUCCUGACAGACAUACUGAAAGCCAUGGACAUCUUCAUAGAGCUUGUCACCAACCCUGAUGGGUUUGCUUUUACACACAGCAUGAACCGCCUGUGGCGGAAGAACAAGUCCACCAGACCUGGAAUCUUCUGCAUUGGCGUGGAUCUCAACAGGAACUGGAAGUCAGGCUUUGGAGGAAAUGGUUCUAACGCCAACCCCUGCUCAGAGACUUAUCACGGGCCCUCCCCUCAGUCGGAGCCGGAGGUGGCGGCCAUUGUGGACUUCAUCACAACCCAUGGGAACUUCAAGGCGCUGAUCUCCAUCCACAGCUACUCUCAGAUGCUCAUGUAUCCUUAUGGCAAAUCCCUGGAGCCUGUUUCAAACGAGAAGGAGUUGUACUAUCUUGCCAAGGAUGCGGUGAAGGCCCUGCACGAGGUCCAUGGGAUCCACUACAUUUUUGGCAGCAUCAGCACCACCCUCUACUUGGCCAGCGGGAUCACCGUCGACUGGGCCUAUGACAGCGGCAUCAAAUAUGCCUUCAGCUUCGAGCUCCGGGACACGGGGCGCUAUGGCUUCCUGCUGCCAGCCACACAGAUCAUCCCCACGGCCCAGGAGACGUGGAUGGCGAUUCUGACCAUCAUGGAGCACACCCUGAAGCACCCCUACUAGCAACACUCCUGAGGGCAGAGCAGGAGGGGUUCGUCCUCCUCCCCAAGGCCUGGGGCUCCUCCUGAAACCCAAGUUAUACACCCACCUCCCCGUGCCCUUGUCCGGAACCCUUAGAAAAUAAACAUGAGUU